UUGUGUAUUCAAUUGUAAAUGUGUAUUGUCCUGUACUUUCUGCAGCUUCUGCUGCCUCAGGAUGUGUUUGUGGAGGUCAUCGUGUCACGGGUUGAAGCGGGUCACCAUUUGUUCAUCCUGCAGCAUAAGCAUCCAUCUUAUCAGGCCUUGCCCACUCUCACACAACACAUGCAGCUUUGCUACUCUCAGCCUGGAUGCCCAAGCCUGCCCACCCCUUUGGAGGUGGGGGUGGUCUGUGCCGCUCCAGUAGCAGGAUGUGGCUGGCAGAGAGCCCAGGUCAUCCAGUACCACACUGAGUUUGGAACCGCUCAGAUCAGAUAUGUAGAUAAUGGUGGUUAUGAUACCGUAAACAGCGCCACUCUCAGGCAGAUCAGAUCGGAUUUUGUGACGUUACCAUUCCAGGCAGCAGAGGUUUUGUUAGAUAAUAUCACACCUUUGCCAGGAGAGGUGGAGUUUUCUCUGGAGGCCAGAGUAGCACUGGAGGAGUUAACUGCAAAUGUGGCCUUAAUACUGAAGGUGACAGGAAGUCAGGACGGCCUUCCCCUGGUGCACAUAUGGAAACAGACAGGAGAUGAGGUGGUCCUGUUGAACAGCUUACUGGCUGAACGGGAGCUUUGCUCCUGGUUUGACACGCCGUGAUGUCACAGCCUUUCUCUGAUCUUCUCCACGUGCACAGGAAAUUAAUCAUAUAUAUAUAAAAUAUAUGUAUAUAUAUAAAAUAUAUGUGUAUAUGUGAGUACAUUUGUUUUUUGUAUGCAUUAUUUGUUUUUUGGAAAUAAGUUGAAACCUAUUAUCUUCAGAUGUGUUUUUUUUUUUUUUUUUUUUUUUUUUUUUGCUCUGAUUUAAUUUCAUGAAUUAUAUAAAUUUGAAUGUUACUUUCUCAAUGUUGCUUUACAGAGUAUAUCUGAGAUGCUAAACAAGAUUAUUACUGUAUAUGUGAACAGUUCAGAGAUUAGACAUGGUUGCUGAUCUCUAUAUAGAUUUGAUUGUGUUUUUCUCCCAGAUAAACUCCUGAAUGGUGCUGGUGUAUGUUUAAUAGCUUUGCUCGGGUAUUUUCACAUUGAACUAUGAAGAUUUUGUUGUUCUCUAUUACCAACAUUUUUUCUCUUACUGACUUUGUAUUUUGUUUAAUUUCCAUUUGUAAGGGUGGAGGGAAAGUGUUACACUCUUAAUAAGCAGUGAAAAGCUCUUCUGUCAGAGCACCAUAAACUUGUGGUUCACUGCUCUGUACUCUCACACUUACACUGCCAAACUUCUCAGUGCUGUUGUAGUAAAAGCUUUGUGGAUAU